AUGUCUACCGAAGUCGUCGACUCGAGCCCCGCUGUCAACCUCGUCACGCAGCAUGUCGCCCACCCCCUCGCCCCAUUGACUGGUGAUGAGAUUACCAGAGCCGCUGAGCUCAUGCGAAGCGUCUGGCCGAGUAACACCGACCUCCACUUCAAAUCCAUUACUCUCGAGGAACCGCCAAAAGCAGAGGUUCUGCCCUUCCUAGAAGCAGAGCACAAUGGGCAAUCCGCGCCAUCAAUCGCCAGGAAGGCCUUCAUCAACUACUAUCUUCGUAGCACUAACAAGUUCCAUGAGGGCAUCGUGAACCUCUCCUCCAACAAGAUCGAGAGCAAUGUCCGGUUAGGCCCCAAUGUACACGCCAACGGUGAUGCGGAGGAGAUUGUAGCUAUUGAGAAGGUCGCCCUGGAAGAUGAGGCCGUUCAAGCCGAAAUAGCGAAGCUCCAGCUUCCCAAGGGCACCGUGGUGAUAAGCGAUCCGUGGAUAUAUGGCUCCGAUGGCAUCAAUGACGACGAUCGAAUGUACCAAUGCUUCCUGUAUAUGCGCGACCCCCUGAAUCCGGAUGAAGCCGACUCGAAUCACUAUGCACUUCCGCUCAAUAUCUCGCCGGUUGUUAGCACCGAAACGAUGAAAGUCAUUCGGGUGGAUCUACUACCAACUGGUGCGGACAACACUACUAGCGAGACGAGGCCAUAUAAGAUCAAACCUCCGAACGAGUAUAUCCCGGAGUAUCAAGAGUUGAGGACGGACCUGAAGCCCCUGAAUGUUGUUCAACCCGACGGUGGUAGCUUCCAAGUCACUCAGCAAGGCACAUCCCACGUCAUUGAGUGGCAGAAGUGGCAGUUCAGAGUCGGCUUCAACCAGCGUGAGGGCAUGGUUCUCUACGACGUGCGAUACGCUGGCCGUGAGCUUUUCUACCGGAUGGCGCUCUCCGACAUGAACAUCCCGUACGCCGACCCGCGCCACCCAUAUCACAAGAAGGCUGCAUUCGAUCUGGGCGACGCAGGCGCUGGUCUCAUGGCCAACAACCUCAAGCUGGGAUGCGAUUGCCUUGGAUCUAUUUACUAUCUCGACGGCGUGAUCUCAACCGACAAGGGUGGGGCAGUCACGAUGGAGAACUGCAUAUGCAUCCACGAGCAAGAUGCUGGCAUCGGCUGGAAGCAUACCAACUACCGGACCGGCCGAGCAGCGGUGGUUCGAUCAAGGGAGCUGGUUCUCCAAUCCAUCAUCACCGUGUCAAACUAUGAGUACAUUCUGGCAUUCAUCUUCAACCAGGCGGGAGAGGUGAUGUAUGAGGUGCGAGCCACCGGCAUCCUCUCAACUCAGCCCAUCGACGAGGGCGUUUCUGUCGACUUUGGCACAGUCGUUCAUCCCGGCGUGCUAGCAGUACACCACCAGCACAUCUUCUCCCUGCGCAUUGACCCUGCGAUCGAUGGCCAGAACAACCGGCUGGUAUAUGACGAAGCACGCCCCAUGCCGCGGUCCGACUUCAACCCCCACGGUGUCGGCUACGUCUCUAAUGAAACCGUAAUCGAGAAGUCUGGCGGCUAUGACCUCGACUUCGACGCCAACCGCGUCUUCAAGAUCCAGAACGCCGCCAUCCGCAACCCCGUCAACAACAAGCCGGUCGCGUACAAGAUCAUGGCGCCGGCGUUCCAGAAGAUGCUGGCGGACAGGGACAGCUACCAUUUCAAGCGCGCCGAGUUCGCGGACCACAACAUCUACGUGACCAAGUACCAGGACGGUGAGCUCUACGCUGGUGGGAAGUACACCAACCAGUCUCGUGGCGGAACCGGAGUGCGCUCAUGGGCGGAUCGCAAGGAUGACAUCGUGGAUGAGGAUAUUGUGGUUUUCGUCCAGUUCGGGAUCAAUCAUAUCCCAAGGAUUGAGGACUUCCCGGUCAUGCCAUGUGAGAUCCUCAAGGUGGCGCUGAAGCCGGUCAACUUCUUUGAGAGGAACCCGGCGUUGGAUGUGCCGCCGUCGGAGCAGCGGAUCAAUCAGAGUGCGCUGCUGAGCGAGACGCAUGCGCAGCCGAGCGUAGAGGGGAAGAUUGGGGAGAAGGGGGAGGUGUGUUGCUCGAGUAAGCUCUGA